AUGUUGCUUAUGGUUCCCUAUGGGAAGGAGGUGGAGGGGAUGAACAUAUUGGGUCUGGUGGUCUUUGCCAUUGUCUUCGGAGUGGCUCUAAGGAAGUUGGGAGCUGAGGGAGAAAUUCUCAUCAAGUUCUUCAACUCCUUCAAUGAGGCUACCAUGGUGCUGGUGGCAUGGAUCAUGUGGUACGCCCCGGUGGGUAUCAUGUUCCUGGUGGCCGGGAAGAUUGUGGAGAUGGAGAACGUCAUCGUACUUUUCACCAGCCUCGGGGAAGUACAUUUGCUGCUGCAUUGUGGGGCACGCCAUCCAUGGGCUCAUUGUCCUGCCGCUCAUAUACUUCGCCUUCACGCGGAAGAACCCGUACCGCUUCCUGUGGGGCAUUGUGAGCGCUCUGGCCACGGCGUUCGGCACUUCCUCCAGCUCUGCUACACUGCCCCUGAUGAUGAAAUGCGUGGAGGAGAAGAACGGCGUGUCCAAGCAGAUCAGCAGGUUCAUCCUCCCGAUUGGUGCCACGGUGAACAUGGACGGUGCUGCCUUAUUCCAGUGUGUGGCGGCGGUGUUCAUCGCUCAGCUCAACAACCGUCCGCUGGACUUCAUCUCCAUCAUCACCAUCCUAGUUACAGCCACGGCGUCCAGUGUGGGGGCUGCUGGGAUCCCGGCCGGAGGGGUGCUGACUCUGGCCAUUAUCCUGGAGGCGGUGGGACUUCCAACCAACGACAUUUCCCUCAUCCUGGCGGUGGAUUGGUUGGUGGACCGCACGUGCACCAUUCUGAACGUAGAAGGUGA